ACUCGCAAAAUGGCACCGACCAGGAUAAAAAGCCCGGAAAGAAAACACAGACAGAUAUCUCAACACUAACUUUAAAAUCAAUUGAUUUGCUCAUAGAAAUAUUUGUUUUUGCAUCGAAAAUGAGCAUCAAAGCUUUUGAACUGGUUUCCGCAAUUGAGCGGGUGAAGCUUAUGUCUGAUAAAGCCAAGACACAGGUUUGUUUUGGGCUAGGAUGAGCUCUCUCGUCUUAAACUUAAACUCUAACUUUGUUUGCUGUUAACUAUCAACUACUUAGAGUGAACUUAGACUACUUUACUAGUACUAGGCCUGGGACUAGUGUCUAAACUCAAACUGAUUCCACUAUCCCCAAUCUCUCUUAUUUUGUUUUUAGUCAAAUUUGGGAGAUUUUAAGUUUUACAAAUUUCAAAUACUAACCGACUGCUUACAAUUUAUUACAAUUCUUACAUGUAGAUCUAAGUAUUUUCUAAUUCUAAGUGUGUUGAACGUCCACUCUAUUCAGAACGUCUGAAAACUUGUUGCUCAAACUCAAGCAGCACUGUUAGUUUGAGUUAGUUAAAUAAUUAAAUAAUCUAGCUUAGCCCUCUAAGGUUCCUGAACCAAGUGCCUAAAUGUCCAUCUUGUGACUCUUAUCUCUUUCUUUUGUCUACAAACUCUGACUAUGAACAUCUUAGGCAACAAAGAUGGUUGCCAUGUAAAAAAAUAACGUAGAGUGAACACACGUCUGCGAAAAGGGGGAGGAGAAAGUGAGAAUGUGGUGUUUAAGCUGCAUACCGAGAGAAACGACAUGGCAACAAAGAUGGUUGCCAUGUAAAAAAAAUAAAGUAAAGCAAACACAUGUCUGCUAAAAUGGAAAGGGGAAAGUGAGAAUGUGCUGUUUUAGCUGCAUACCGAGAGAAACGAGAUUAGGAUAAAAAAAUGUAAAUUUAAUGGUCGUCCGCAUUAAUUUUGUGGAAAACAUAGCAACGUAAUUGUAUCCCUCUAUACAUGCAGCAAGAAGUAUAAAUAACCUGCGGUUGCUCCCUUCCCACAACUAAAACGUGUGACGUGUGCUACAGUUACACAUUGUAGUGAGAAAAGUGUAAUAAUAAAGAAAAAAUUGCAAAAUAUUUUUUAAAUAAUGAAAACCCAACUUACACUUGCCUAGAGUCAGUACACAUUUACAUUCAUCCUCUUGUAACAUUAAUUAUAUUUGGCAAUUUUGAAAAGUUUAAUCCUGCACUAUUUAAACACAAAGAAAAAAAAUUGUUUUAUUUUUCUAAUUAAGUUAGGUCCAUUUUAAUUUUACUCUUGUUAUAUUAACAACUCAGUUUAGCCAAGAGUAUGAUUUUGAUGACAUGUAAAUGUAAUGAUACAUUUGUUCUCACAGAUAAUGCAUAGUUUUGUUAUGUAAACUGAAAGCUAAAUCAAUAAAUACUUAUUUCAGAAAAUAGUCAGGUUAAUUUUAUAACAAUAUAUUAUAUGCUAUAUUGUUUACCCAAGAGUAUAAUUUUGUUUAAUAAAAUACAGUCCUUAGUCAUGUGGUCAAAACCAUAUUAUGGCUUAUAUUAGUCAAAUUGGUUGUUAUGUAACUUUUUAAUAAAAGAUUAAUAUGGAAAAAGCUACAAGAAACAAUUAUUGGAAAUUCUGAAAUUUAAAAAGGCAUUAACAAUUAAAAACAUCUUUCCUAUAUGUUUUAAAUGCUGUUUAUUUUCAGAUUGAAUGUCUUGACGUAUGUGGUAAAAAUAUGUACAUAGGAACAAGUGAUUGGUUUGUAAAAUAGAGAUUUAUUACUUUUCUUGAAUAACAUGCUUUAAGAUUAUUUCAAUUAUUUCACCUUUAUAAUGAUUUAAAGAUAAAUUCUGUGCUGCUGGUUGCUGUCCAUGGCUUGACAUGUAAAGGUUCUGGGGUGGGUGGGGUGAAUAUUAUUAUUAUUAUUAGUUAUAAAGCGCUGUACCCAGGCUGGGCUCACCGUGCUGUACAUAAAAAUUUUAGCUAAACAUAAUCGUGACUUAAAAAAGUAACAUACAUUUAUUUAAUAAAAAACAGCUGUGUAACAACAAAACAAAAAUAAAUUUAUAUUCACCCCAUAUAUAUUUGUUUUUUGUUGUUGUUAUAUAGCUGUUUUUUAAUUAGAUAAAUGUAUGUUAUCUUUUAAUGUCAUGAUUAUGUUUGCUUAUAUUUUUAUGUACAGCGUGGUGAGCCUGCCCAGGGCUGGGGUACUGCGCUAUAUAAGACUUCUAAUAAUAAUAAUAACAAUAAAGAUAAAUUCAUAUGUAAAUUUAAGUAAACAAUUUUAUAUUUUUUAAAUCAGUCUUUUAAUUCAUAGUGUGUAUUUUUGUUGUUGUAUUCAACAGCUUUGUAGUACACUAUAGCAUUGAGGAAAAGGUACAGCCUAAUGGACGAGUUACAUUCGUUACAGAAAAACAAGGGCACAAAUUUUUAGUUGUGGUAGGUAGAAGUUAUUUUCAUUCAUUAGGAAUAUUGGACUGUGCUUUAAAAGCUCUUAGCAGAUGGUAUUCAAAAAUAACAAGGAAUUCAUGGGGGUAUUAAAAAAAACAUGUUAAAGAAUUUAUUUAAUUUGGCUGUAACAAAAUCAAAUAAUCCCUCUUGAAGUCCAUAUUCUCACUGAAGGAGUGAAGUUCUAUUGUGCAUGAUGACUGAUUUUUGUGCUUGAGAAAUACUUUACAUGUCUUGGGUUUAAAUUAUUCAGUUGAAAAAUGUUGCCUUGGCAGAAUAUUUAUCCAUGUGCUGAAAAUGAAUAUAUAACAUUUCAUUAAAACACAUUUAAGUUUUUUUUAAUCAAUACAGAAUCUUAUCCUAUAUUUUUUGUGUGCACUCUUUUUAAAAUAAAAGUAAAAAAAUAAUGUAAUGUCGGCUUAAAAUGAUACAUAGGUUCCAUUAAAGCUUAGCUCAACUUCAAUUAAAUUUAUGCUGUUUUUAAUUUUUUUUUUCAAGAAAAAGCCAAUAGCUCAACUAAGGGCAGCCUCGGCACUGAAUCGUAUUAUGGUUUUGUGCGACAACACUCUGACUCUGCUCAACAUGUUUGACCUGGAAGUAAGUAUGGAAUCAACAGGCUUGGAAAUAUAGUGAAAUUAAGUCAUUAGACUUAGAUUAGGGCUGCACUGAGAUAAACGGGUUUGGAAAUGUAGUGAAAUUAAGUCAUUAGAUUAAGGCUGAAAUUAGAUAAACAUGGAAAUAUAAUGAAAUUAAGUCGUUAGACUUAGAUUUGGACUGCACUGAGAUAAACGGUCAAGAAAUGUAGUGAAAUAAAGUCAUUAGAUUAGGGUUGAAAUGAGAUGAACAUGUUUGGAAAUAUAGUGAAUUAGAUUAGGGCUCAACUGAUAAAGCUGAAGUAGAUUAUAAGAUUAUCAGUAUAAACAAGUGGGUUGACCUUCUUUAAUGAAGACGAAAUGUAAUGAGGAAUUUUGUCUAAAACUUGUUUUAAGUGUACUGCAGUCUUAUUGAGCGUUUGUUUCUUCCUCAGCCCAUAGUAACGGGGGCAAAAAUCAAAGGUGUUGUUUGUUUCUGUAUCAAUGAAAAUCCCAUACGAACAAACCCAUUCAGUGUAGAGGUAAGCUUUUUGUACAGUGUGUAAGUUGUCAACUAGCAGAACUAAAAAUAUGCACAAUAACCAAGCUUAGUCACUAUAUAUAAAUAAUUUUUUUCUAAAAUUUAUAAUUUAUAUCUUUAUUUUAAAUGAUAAAUUCCAUUUUCGAAAAAAUAAAAUGUAUUUAAAAAAACUAAGAAGCUUGCAUCAAAAUGUGUCUUUAUUUAUCACAACAAAGAAAAAUAACUUCUUCAAGUGUACAAGCUCGUUGAAAACAUCUUAAGGAAAUAAUAUAAAAUCUGAUAGUGAGGUGAAAAUUUUAAGCCAUUUUCAGCCAAAUUUAGAGUUGAAAAGAAAUGCAUCUAGGUUAUCUUAUAAUGCAUAUCUAGAAAUGUAACUAGGUCAUCUCAUAACAUGUGUAGAAAGGCAACUAAAUAUGUUACAUUAAGAAAUGGCGUCAGCGGGGCGAGUCUAAGACUCUUUAUGCCCCCCCCCCCAAAUUACCCCUCCCCGAUCCGACGUAUUGGGUCGCGGCGCGGCACGUUGGAGAUGCCCACACGUCAGGACGGCCCCCACACGGGCCCCUCACCCAAAUCCCAGUGAGAGGCAACUAAAUUAUCUUAUAAUGCAUGUCUAGAAAUGUAUCUCCAGUUAUUUGAUCAUAUAGAUCUGUGUGGCCCUAAAGAAGAAAAUCAUACAGCUGUACACUGUGACGGAGGACAGAUUGAUACACCUGAGAGACGUCUCUGUACCUGAGCAAGCUUUGACACUUGUGAGUAAACCCAAGAUAAACUAUUAUAAACUAUAUUCUACAGUACUGUGACAGAAGACAGAGUAAUGCACCUGGUAGAUGUCUCUGUACCUGAGCAAGCUUUAACACUCAAGCUUGAUCCUCAGAUAAAUUAUUGAAAACAAUAGGAACCAAGUGAAAGCUGUAUUAUGAAUUUUUAUUAUUUAAAAAGAAACAAUAGCUGAAAAGAUCUUCCCUGUUAACAAAAUAAACCAGAAUAAUUACUGAAAUAAGUGUUUUUUUAAUUAGCUUUCAGUUCAUUUAACAAGUCUGCUGUGUCUGGGACAACAAAUGUAUCAUUGCCUAAUCUAUCUGGGACAACAAAUGUAUCAUUGCCUGAUCUAUCUGGGACAACACAUGUAUCAUUGCAUAAUCUAUCUGGGACAACAAAUGUAUCAUUGCCUGAUCUCUCUGGGACAACAAAUGUAUCAUUGCCUGAUCUGUCUGGGACAACAAAUGUAUCAUUGCCUGAUCUGAAGCACUCCCGUUAUUUCUUAGAACUUAAAACCAAACUUUAGAAACUUUCUGUUCAAGGAUGCUAUAAAAAACUUUCUAUUCAAGGAUCCUAUAAGAAACUGAACUUUCAGAAAAUACAAUAUGACACAUACACUGUAUCAUCUAAUGCAGCAGUUCUCAACCUGUGGGUCGCUCGACCCUUUCCCAGGAGUUGCCUAAGACCAGCGGAAAAUACAUAUACUCUACAGUUAUGAAAUGGUAUCGAAAAUAAUUUUGUGGUUGGGGGGUCGCCAAAACACGAGGAACUAUAAGUAAGGGUCGUGGCAUUAGGAAGGUUGAGAACCACUGAUCUAACGGGUAUAGAUUAUUGUAUCAUUCAUGCAGUAUGUUGUACCGUAUCAGUUGACAUAUGCAGUGCAAUGGUCACCUCCAGGUCACAGUGAUAAUUUUGAUCCUGGAAAGUGUCACCUGGUGAUAUCAUUUGAAAUGACCUGACGCUUCUGAACAUCUCUUGCCCUCAGGGUGUCGACGGAGUCUGCGUGUGUGCUGCCCUGACCUCUGGGUAUUGCAUGAUUGACAUGGACAGCGGACACAUAACUGACCUCUUCCCCAUUGACUCGGAACAAACUCACCCGGUCAUCAAACGGAUCAGCAAAGUACGUUUACAGUGUCAGAAUGUUUAUUGUUUGAUUUUUUAAUUUUUUAAAAAAAAUUGAAUUUUGAAGUAAUAAAAACUCGGCAUUUAAUUAUGUAAACUUUAUUCCAGGAAGAAUUUUUACUAAGUGGCCCAAGCGCCCUGGGGAUAUUUGCUACCACCGCCGGUGUCUCCCAGCGUCCACCUAUGCAAUGGUCAGAUGGCUUGUCUGCAGUUUGUUUUGUCCACCCGUACAUCCUUGCUAUGAAUGAUGAGUUCAUCACAGUGCACAGGUGGGGUUUAUCUUUUUAAUAAGUUCAACUCAAGCCAAAACAUUCAUUGCUUAGUAUUAUCAUGUGUUGUCUUAAUUUUGCUGGGGGUUUAUUAUGCUGGCAGGUUCUCGAGACAAAACUGUUGUGCAAAAAAAAGAAAGAAAGAAAUUUGCCCAGGGGUCUUGACCUGAUAGCAUUUUCACCUCUUAAAUGACAUUGUGAUUUAAAGAUUAUAUGACAUGGUGAUUCAUAGAUUGUAUUACACGAUUUAAAGAUUUUAUGACAUGUAAUUUAAAUAUAUGAUGUGAUUUAAAGAUUAUAUGACAUGUAAUUUAAAUACAUGAUGUGAUUUAAAGAUUAUAUGACCUGGUGAUUUAAAGAUUAAAUGACAUGAUUUAAUUAUAAGAUGAUAUGACAUGAUGAUUUAUAGAUGAUAUGACAUGGUGAUUUAUAGAUGAUAUGACAUGGUGAUUUAAAGAUUAUAUGACAUGGUGAUUUAUAGAGUUCUAACGUAUCACUCAGCCUAGCUCAUUGUGGUCAGUCUAGCCGUUAUGUCAACAAUCUUGGCCAACAUUUCAUGUACCAGCGUUUCAGGUCAGUCCUCUCAUUUCAGCAUCCUGGACCAGCAGCAGAAGCAGGCCAUCCCUUUCCAAGGCGGUGUUUUCCUUGGUGACUUUGACGGCAGAAUCUUUGUGGCCUCCAGCCGGGAGAUUUAUUCACUAGUCCCGAUUCCUUUUGAAAAACAGGUCAGCCGUUGGUUUACUGAUGGCAUAUUUAUACAUACAUCAUUUAUAUACAUAUUUUUUUAUAAUUCAACUCCUAUUUGAUUUGAGUGUGGAGGCACGUCCCCAGUUUCCUCUACCUCGCAUGGGUGUGAAAGUGCUGGGUCUCCAGACUCAUAUCCUCAAUAGCCGCUACAUGCCUCAUAUUAUCCAUUGUCUCUCUGUACAGUAUGUAACACCAACAAUAUUCAGGCUGAUGCAUAAAGCUUGGAGUGUAGUUUGAAAGAGGCUGGGAGUUUGAGCCCAUUUGUUAAUGUGUAUCUUCUAUUUCCUUCUUCUUCUUUCUUAUAUUUGAGGGGCCCACGAUCAAUUUGUUGAUCAUUCUGGCUCCUGGUUUUAAUUCAGAGUUUGCCUUCUCUUAGAUGGGUUGCCGUCCAAGGCUAACGAGUCCCAUCCACCCGGGGUGCUUGGGAUGGCUUUGAUGGGGAUUGAACUCCAGACCAACGGCUAUUUGGUUUGAGACAGUUUAGACCGCUCGGCCACCCAGCACCCUAUUUGCUAUAACUCAAAUCUGAUCUUUUAUUCUCUUAAGUGAAUACAUGUGAAGAUAUAUAUAUAUAUAUAUCAACUUUUCUUAAAUGUCUGUAUAUGACAUCACAUGUGUGUGCUUCAAAUUUUUUCUGAACUUUAGAUUCAAGCCUUGCUGGCAGACAAGCGUGUGGGUGAGGCCCUAGACCUGGCAAGAAAUGCCAAUAAAACUGGCAUGACCAGAGACAAGUUUCUCAAAGUAAGGAGUUGUUAUUAUUUAAUGAAUACUUUCACCAUUUCUAUGUUAAAAUAAAAAGAGAUUUGUUGUUACAUUAUUGUAUUACUGCUUAGUUCUUUGGGAGUAACAAAUGGUGUUCAUUUUUUUCAAAUGAAAUAUAAGAUGUUGUCAACAACGUUAUAUGAUUAUUCCAGAUGUUUAAAAGAAUUCAGCAGCAGGCCGGUUUUAUAGAGUUUUCUCGUCAACAAUUUGAAGAAGCAAGUCAGCUGUUUAAAGAGAGUGCAAUGGAUGUCAGAGAGGUAAUGGCAGAUGUUGUUAUAAUAGAUGUCAGAGAGGUAAUGGCAGCUGUUAUAAUAGAUGUCAGAGAGGUAAUGGCAGAUGUUGUAAUAGAUGUCAGAGAGGUAAUGGUAGAUGUUGUUAUAAUAGAUGUCAGAGAGGUAAUGGCAGAUGUUGUAAUAGAUGUCAGAGAGGUAAUGGUAGAUGUUGUUAAAAUGGGUUGUAAGAGACCUGUACCCCCACAACCUGCCCAACCAUUGACUUAUAUAACACACCUGUCCCACCAUUUCCACAGAUAAUCUGCCUGUACCCCCACAACCUGCCCAACCAUUGACUUAUAUAACACACCUGUCCCACCAUUUCCACAGAUAAUCUGCCUGUACCCGCACUAACUGCCCAACCAUUGACUUAUAUAACACACCUGUCCCACCAUUUCCACAGGUAAUCUGCCUGUACCCCCACUAUCUACCCACCAAUGUGAACUUCACCAGGUCAGUGCCUCCACUCCAUGAAAUAGCAGACAUUAAUCAGCUCUCCAAGUCAGAUGAAAGCAUCAAAGCAGCCUACAAGGAAUUUCUAAGGACUUUCCUGGAAGACAUCAGAGGGACAAAUUUAGCUCAUGGAUACAAAAGGGUAUUCCCUAUUUCUUGUUUCAAUCUUUACAAAGCCCCGCACCUGGCAUACAUUAAGUACUGUUGACUUUUAUCAAUGCCCAUUGAUUGUAAGGGAUUUGACCAGCUGUGUUUGGAAUAAGCUGCCAACACCAUUACCACCAGCCCUCCCCCAAAGCCUGUCAGUCUAAUCUAAUAAGGCUGUUGAAAUGACAUCCACAGACCUGGUCACUACCACCAGCCCUCCCCCAAAGCCUGUCAGUCUAAUCUAAUAAGGCUGUUGAAAUGACAUCCACAGACCUGGUCACUACCACCAGCCCUCCCCCAAAGUCUGUCAGUCUAAUCUAAUAAGGCUGUUGAAAUGACAUCCACAGAUCUGGUCACUACCACCAUCCCUCCCCCAAAGUCUGUCAGUCUAAUCUAAUAAGGCUGUUGAUAUGUACAAUUUUGAGAUGACUUUUAAAAUCGCCAAGACCUGUCAGAAUUACGCUUUUAAGAGAUCAGGUUUUAAAAAAAAAACUAUAUUCCUGUGGUUUCUCUGAUUAAAAGAAAAUUGUUAAUACAUUUUCGGUUGUUAGAUUUACUCCUUUCUAUAGCCCGCGUUGAAUUGAACGAGAAAUACAAUUGUUUGGGGAUUAUCCAUGAUUAUAUUUCGUACGCACAGAAAUGGGUAGGGAGAGGUGGUGCUGAUUUAGGAGUGUGCUGUUGUAUAUGGUAAAUAGGGGGGGGGGGAAUUAUUUUAAAAGGCUAUAAAAUAAGAGCCUCGUUUGGCAAAGACGGGAUAAAAUAAGAGCCUCGUUUGGCAAAGACGGGAUAAAAUAAGAGCCUCGUUUGGCAAAGACGGGAUAAAAUAAGAGCCUCGUUUGGCAAAGACGGGAUAAAAUAAGAGCCUCGUUUGGCAAAGACGGGAUAAAAUAAGAGCCUCGUUUGGCAAAGACGGGAUAAAAUAAGAGCCUCGUUUGGCAAAGACGGGAUAAAAUAAGAGCCUCGUUUGGCAAAGAUGAUACUGGGCUAUCAGUUUCUAGUUUUUUUUCUGAUGGAUUAUUUUUCCUUUCCAUGCCCAGGAAGUAGAUGUAGCGCUGUUAAAGCUGUAUGCAGAGUCCACCCCCGAGAAACUCACGGAGCUGAUCUCUGUGGAUACUGGCUGUGACCUGGAAGACUGUGUCGAGUGGUUGGAGAAACAUCAGCGACUGCAUGCGCUGGGGCUGCUGUACCAGCGGCAUGGGGAGAGUGACAAGGCGCUCGGGGUGUGGGCAAGGUGUGUAAAAGUGUUAAGUAGUUCAGGCCUGGUUCAGCGGCAGGGGUAGGAAGAGCAUUAUUUUCUCAGUGACUCACACUAAUAAAUGUUACUUUGAUUCUAACCCAGAGUUGCCAAAUAACAAUACCAAGUCAAGUACUCUAAAAUUGUAUCCAACAAAAAGUGUCUGCCCUAAUUUUGUUAUUUGUCAGUGGAGACCAGUGUGUUCAUAGCUGUAUCUUCUUUAUUUGCAGACUCGUAGACAGCAAAACGAAUGACCCCAGUUUUCCUGGCUUGGAAUUCGUUGUCACAUUUCUAUCCAGGUUAGACACCUCAUAACUCUAGCCAAAAUGAUAGAGAUAAUAUUAAUUGCAUCACUGUCAUAAACUUCAGACAUAAACUUCGUGACAUCGCCAGCGAAAGUCUCACAUAUACUUGGUGACUUAACCAGCGAAAGUCUUACAUAUACUUAGUGACAUCACCAGCAAAAGUCUCACGCAUACUUAAUGACAUCACCAGCGAAAGUCUCACACAAACUUUGUGACAUCAUCAGCCAAAGUCUCACACAUAUUUAGUGACAUCACCAGCGGAAAUCUUCAGAACAAAAAUUAGUUACAUCCUUAGCUUUAUCAAGUUAAUUUUUUUUUUUUUUUUUCCCCCAAAUUUGUAAACAUAUUUUUUGGCUGGAACAAAGGUGCUCAAACCUAAAAAUUAGUUAAACCCUUAGCUUUAUCAAGUUAAUUUUUUUUUUUUUUUUUUUCGCCCAAAUUUGUGAACAUAUUAUUUGGCUGGAACAAAGGUGCUCAAACCGUUUUUGUGGGUGCAGCCCAUCUGGAGAAUUAUAUUAUGGCCCAUAUGACCAUGGCAACAAAAACAAUAAUAAAGAUCUCACACUACAGCAUAAACUCUCUGAUACAUAGUAAUCAAUAUUGUUGAUUGAAAGUAGUUUGAAUAAUGAACACAUAUAGUAUUUAAGCUGUAUGUGUGAUGAGCAUGUUGAAAGUCAAUCAACUUUUAUUGUUUUUUUUCGACCGCAGCCUGGCUGAUCAUGAGCUGUUAUGGAAAUAUGUCGACUGGGUGCUGGAAAAAGAUGAAGAGCUCGGUGUUCGAGUAAGCAGUUAGUAACUAAUAUGUUGUCAUGUUACUUUACGUUUUAGAUAGUUAAUAAUAAAUUCUCUGUGUGUGCAUGUAUGGCUGUAAUGCUGUGUGCAAUAGGUAUGCAAAAUAAAAUCCCCAGCAGCUUGCACCGCAAAGUCAGUUACUUGAAUGCAUGUUUUUCCCCAAUUAACUAGAGUAGAUGGAAAGUUUGCGGAGUGCCACCGCCUGUGUUUGGCGGGUAGUUUCUAGUUAGGAAAUAAAGAACAGAGAAUUUUUUUCAUGCUGUUAUUGUAUGUUCAAUACAGACAAACUAUUGAUUUAUCAUUACAGACAAACUAUUGAUUUAUCAAUACAGAUAAACUAUUGAUUUAUCAAUACAGACAAACUAUUGAUUUAUCAAUACAGACAAACUUUUGAUUUAUCAUUACAGACAAACUAUUGAUUUAUCAAUACAGACAAACUAUUGAUUUAUCAAUACAGACAAACUAUUGAUUUAUCAAUACAGACAAACUAUUGAUUUAUCACUACAGAUAAACUAUUGAUUUAUCAAUGCAGACAAACUAUUGAUUUAUCAAUACAGACAAACUAUUGAUUUAUCACUACAGAUAAACUAUUGAUUUAUAAAUGCAGACAAACUAUUGAUUUAUCAAUACAAACUAUUGAUUUAUCAGUACAGACAAACUAUUAAUCAUAAAUGGAAAUGAUAGAAUCUAAUUUUUUAAAAGGCAGCCUGUCGUAAUUUAACAUUUACAGCUGAAUUUUGAGUGUGACAAAAAAGGCGUGUAAAAAAAACCAACCAUUGUGUAAAAAGCAACCAUCAUGUAAAAACCAACCAACAUGUCCUUUUAGAAUUCAUUGAUCUACCCUGCAGGUAUUCACCGACCGACCAGCCAAUGAGGCCCAGUCAGAAAGGCUGCGACCAGAGACAGUGGUGGACUACCUGCACAGGUUUCCCAGAGCUGUUAUAACCUACCUGGAGUACCUUAUAUUUCAGAGAAAAUUAGAGGUAAGCCCAAGUUGUGUUGGGUUUGAUCGCAGGAAAUGUGACCAGUGAAAUGAUUUGAAUGGCAUGUCAACACAAGGUCAUCUCCUGUAAUACUCAUGUGGACCAGAAUGUAUUUUGCUGAAGGCAUGACAUGGAUAAUUCAUAACAUGGAUGGUAUUUUAAAGAUGACCCCAUAUUAUGAUAUAAAAUGAAUUCGUUGAGUUGGUGAUAACAGCUGGUACAGCACAAAUUUUUAAAGUUUGACAUUUAGGUAACCUAUGAGUGGUACCAGUGUGACAUUUGGAUGACCUAUGAGAUUUGCCAGUCUAACAUUUACCUGACCGAUAAGGGUUACCGGUUUGUGCCAUAAUCAGUCCCCUUCCAUUAUUUACUUUGUUCUUUUGACAGAAAGAAAAAUACCACACCCACUUGGCCGUUCUUUACUUGGAGGCUGUGCUCAAGUUAAUGGAAACCAACAACGUUAAAAAGGAAGAAUUAGAUAUUGCCAGGUAGGCAUAAAUUUGGAUUUGUGUUUUAGCCUCAAAUACUACUGUUGGUGCUAAUAUCUUGUUCUCAUCAGUUAGUCUGUGCAGUGUUUCAAUUCUCAAGUAAAAUCAUUUCAUAUGAUCCUGUGUGAUUUUUACUAUUUUUUUUGCACAAAUUUUCUUCAUAUAAUAUUGUAAAAAAGUAUUAUAUGCAUUCCAAUACCGUCAACCGUACAUGCUCAUCUAUCAGUGGAUCUCUUCUGUAAGUCAAGGGCGGUUUCUUUUAACCAAAAUCAUGAAAAAUGCUGUGACUCUGCAAAUAAGCUUUGUGGAAGUUGUUUUUAAUUUGAUCUAUUCUUUAAGACAUGAGCUGUAUAAAAUUUAAUCGUUCAAAUGUAUCGUUCAGGUCCAAGCUUCGCCACAUGCUUCAGAUCUCCAACUUGUACAGGGUCCAGCUCAUCCUGGGGAAGGCCAAGGAGAAGGACAUGCAUGCGGAAUGUGCAAUUCUUUAUGGCAAGGUCAUUGUUGUUUAAGUUUACUCGGUCUGACCACUCUGUCAGGUCAUUGUUUAUAUUUCCUCUAGCUCUGAACGUGAGAACUCUAAGUUUCGUCUCGCACAUAAGCUAAGCUGUCAAGAAUCAUAAGAUAAUUAUUUUUUUUUUAGGCAAUGGUUACAAUUGACAAUCUAAUUGGACAUUUUAAAAAAUAAUCAACCCAUUAGAAAUUAAAAAUUUAAGACAUCCUGAUUGUUUAUGCUUAGAUGUUGGACUAGGACUUGAAUUGUGUUUGUAGAUUUCAAUGUUCAUCACCCUCUCUUGUGUUAAACUUGCUUGUUUUUUAUCCAGCUGGAAGAGCACGAGAAAGCCCUGCGCAUCCUGGUCCACAAACUAAAAGACUACGGAGGAGCCGAGAACUACUGCCAGGUCAACUCGCAAGGCAAGGAGCCCGGCUACAGGAAGCGGUUGUUUCACAUACUCCUCAGUGUUUACCUGGAUUCUUCUUACGAGUAAGUUUCAUCACCCUUUUCCAGGGGGGUGUGCCCAUGUUUAACUGAAUCCUACCCAUGUGUAAGUUUCAUCACCCUUUUCCAGGGGGGUGUGCCCAUGUUUAACUGAAUCCUACCCAUGUGUAAGUUUCAUCCAUUGCCAGAUGGUAUUACUCAGGGUCAUCACUGUCAAACAUUCUGUGGUCUGCCACUGUCUUUAUCAUCACUGUCAAACAUUCUGUGGUCUACCACUGUCUUAAUCAUCACUGUCAAAGUAUUCUGUGGUCUCCCACUGUCUUUCUCUCUAUGAACAUUCCUAUUUAUAAUGUUUUUCAAUCUAUCAUUCCUGGCCACCAAGGACUACACAAAUUAGUACACAAACACUCCAACCAAAAGUUAUACUGUUGAUAUUCUCACAAACACUCACGAUAACGGAUUCUCACCUCAUCAGCCAUCCCCUAUCCAGUUUGACCAUUCACUUUUGACCUUUUGAAACAUUUGUUGUUUUGUUUUUAAAGAAUACAUUAAUUAUCCAAUUGAAUGUUCAUAUAGAAGUGUAAAACCAAGGAAUUCAUGGUUUUCAAUUUAUACAUUGUUGGCAAUCUGUUAAAUUGAGACACUAAUAAAACAAUGUAAAAUAUAAUCCUAUUAGUUUAGUGAAAUUUCCACUGAACGUGUUAAGGACAUGUUUGUUCAAAGUAGACACCUAUUUUAAAAUUGAUAUUUUAUUUAAAUUAGCCUGUUGGAUUUGACUGCUACCCGUACAUCAAGUGUUUUAAGUUGUGACCCUCUUUAUCUAUAGGAGGAGAGACACCUUGGUUGCUCCUGCCAUGGCUUUGCUCAACAGUUCAGUAGCUGACUUUGAUACAAUCAAGGUCGGUAUUGGUGUCAAUGACAUUAUUUUGAAGGAAUAAAGUAAAAAUGUAAUCAUUUGCAGCCAAUUCAGUUGUGUUUACAAAUGUAAGAGAUAUAAACAUCUCAAUAAAAAUAAAAUAAUUUAAAGUACAAACUGGCAAGAAACAAAACUUAACUAGAAAAUUAUAUAAGAAAAAUACUGAGAUGGUGGCAGCCUAAACAAAUAGCAUGUUAAGAAAACCUGUAGUGAAAAAAAAUCAGGUCAGGUUUCUUGUAAACCAAUGGGUAUCUUUUUUAUUUACGGAAAAAGGAGAAGAAAAAAAAUAAAUCCCAUCUCAUUAAUAUCUUUGGGUAUUUUGGUGGAUUAAAAAACAUUUUAACUGUCAAAAAGAUUAUGUAACAUUUUAUUUGUCCACUGUAUAUUGAUUUUGUUUGUUUCCUAAUGUAUCCACCCAGGUUCUCCAACUCCUGCCAGAGAGCUGGUCGGUCGGUCUACUGUCCCAGUUCCUGACGCGGGCCAUUAGGAUGAGCAUGCACAACUGCAGAAUGACACGGCUCCAGCGCAUGAUGGCCAGGGGAGAGAACUUGUUGAUCAAACAAACCUUCAUUGAGAUGCAAAGGGAUGCAAUCAUAAUGAAUGACGAAAGGUUAAAUUUAAAAUUUUUACAAAAAAAUCUUGUAUGAAAUUUGUGGAAAUCAGAAAACUAUAAUUCCUCUAAAUAAAAUUCGCAGCUGUGAAUGUGAGUUGGACUUAAAGGGCAGUACUGCAGUUAUUGUAAGGGAAAUGUUGACGAGGAGAAAUAACGAUCAGAGCCUUGAAAUGCCAGUUCCCAGAAUGCACUUUGCAGAGCACAUCUUCUUCUGCCACAGAAGAGUUCAGCUGUGGCCCCCUAUAAACUAAAGAUACUUAGGAGGAAAGCCUUGGCUGGGACCUAGCUAAAGGACUUACAAUGUUCCAAAAGGCUCUACUAGAGGCAAAGUCCAGGACAAAGUUGAUACCAGUAUCUGCCCAAAAUGUUCCUUAAAAUUAUUGGGGGAAGAAAACGUAAAAGAAGAAUUUAUAUAAAUAUGAUUGUAGAACAGGGACUAGAACUACCGUCAAACGGAUUCUUACCUGUGGUUCUAUCCUAUACUACUAUCCUGUACCAAUGGCCUUUGAGCAUUAAAAAAUCUAAUUUAAACACCAUCUCUGAGAUUUUUUGAUAACUCCUUCUUUAUCAGGAGCCAUUGGUGCAAGUUGGUGACCGAUACAAGGUUCUGAGUAACAUGAUUAAAGAAAGAGGGAGAUUUUGAAAUUAUUUGUGUUUAAAAUAUGCUUAUUUUAUUUUCAGAGUCUGCGCAGUAUGCAACAGAGCGUUCAAUGACCCGUCUUUUGUCCGCUACCCAAAUGGAAUAGUCACUCAUGUCCACUGUGCCAAGAACAAGUAUAUAUGUCCAGUCUCUGGCAAACUGUUCAGUGCUGGAAGAAGAUGACAAUUACUCAAUGGCUAGAUGGACUGGAAGUGGGCAAAUGGUUUUCCUUUGCAGCAGUUUAUUGAUUGUAUUUUUGUUGUUAUGGGGGUGUCAACUGGAAGAAAAGUUGUUAAUGGUUGCUCCAGCUUUGAAAAUAUGUUUGUACACGGCACAUUACCGUCAGCUCAAAUGUAAGAAAGUAAGAUUUUUUAUUUGGCUUUAAUGUAACAGCAAAAGAUUUUUCAAAAAUGAAUUGAUCACUUGUUGGGAUUAGCGGGCACGAUGAAUCUUCUCCCCCUGCCCUAAUGCCACCCUUUCUUUUACCGGGUGUCGUUGUCCCAUGUCUGUUAUCACAGGACUGGUUUGAGAAAAGGUCGGAUUCGAGCACAGCUCUCAGGAGCAAAUUAUGCAAGUUUAUCUUAAUGUGUUUCUGUAUGUACGGAGCUACAACCAUCAUGUGGGGGUGGUCAUGGUUUAAAUACUGAUCAUACAAAU